AUGGGGGUUUCAGUUUCUGGUCUAGAACCAGAGUUUCAACCAGUUGUUAAUUAUUUGCUGCCACACAUAAUAUCUCACAAACAAGAUGCUCAUGAUAUGCAUCUCCAGUUGCUUCAAGACAUGACAAAUCGACUGGUUGUGUUCCUUCCCCAGCUUGAGGCAGACCUUAACACCUUUACAGAUGCUGCAGAGCCCACUUUACGUUUCCUUUCUAUGCUUGCUGGUCCAUUUUAUCCAAUUCUUCACAUCGUAAAUGAAAGGUUGGUAUGCAUCAAGUGUGACGAGUGGUUGCUGAGUCCAUUCCAAAGCUAAUAGUCAGUCAAUUCUUUUUGUCUUGAUGUAUGCCAUUUCCCACUAUGCAUGUUUGGUAUGUUAACUAGUGCAAAAGGCUUCUGCUUAUAGUGAGGUUUGGGAGAGAUAAGUAAUAGAAAACCUUACUCCCAUUAUCGAGUGGCUCAUUCCUAGACUCAAAACACCAUGCAUCCCUUGGGCGGAUAAGUACUUGCCAUGACUCUAGCCCUCUAGGUCCGGCCUCUUUAUUGUCUCAGCAGCAAGUUUUAUAAAAUUACUUCCACAACUUAAGUAUAAAGCUUUAUGUCUGUAUUUUUCUCUGGAGCUUGAUAUCACCAGCUACAUUUCCUACGUGCCUUCUUUAUGAACAGCAUGUUAGCGAGAGCCCAACACCUUUUGACCUGUUUCCCCUUUUGAGAAGUUGAUUACUUGAAGCUACAUUUGACUUGUAAUGCAUUGACACCAGUCACUGUUUAGUUAUUAUGACUGUCCUCUGGGAAUGUUCAAUUUUUGUCAUUAUUUGAGUGAUUUGGUUUGAGGGAAAUGCCAGAAUCUUUGAGGAUAAGUAUGAGGUGGUUAAAGGGCUAUGGAACUGAAUCUUCUUUAUAGCAAAUUUUUGGGCAUCAGUUUUGAAUGAGUUUGCAAACAUACCGUUCUUCAAAAUUUUGGUAAAUUGGAUUGCGGCUUGUGACUGAUUAAUCAUUACAGUUUCUGUAUUUUGUUCUUACAUAGUGCUUUUUGAUGAUUUACAUUAUGGUUGGCAACUUGUCCAUCGCUAAUUUCAAUUUGUACUACAUCCUUUAUUUUUCCUAUUAAAAAUUGUAUUUCCUAUCAAAAAAUUGACUAUUAGUUUGCAAAACCCUUGAGAUUAUAUGACAAGUGCUGUUUGGUUUCUGUCCUCGUUUUUUAUUCCAUUAAACUUGUUUCAAGUUCAGAUAAUAAAAACUUGUUUCAUGUCGGUCCAUGGCAGAUGCUCAAGGGAGGAAAAUGCCCUCCAUGGUAGUGGGGUAUUAAUAGACGUUGAUUGUGCUUUGUUGAGUUGCCUGAGAUGUAUUACCUCAUCUUAAGGCAUUCAACAUUUUCUGAUGUCUUUGGAGUACAGGACUAUUUGUCUAGUUUGUGAGAAGUUAAUUAGAUAUAAAAUAAUACACUUUAGUGUCUAGAAAUAAAAAAUUGAUUCUUUUCUACAGUAUUGGGUGAUGUGUAAUUUUCAUCUAAGGCACUAGCCCUUCUUUUUCCGCUUGCUAUAUAUUUGGGAUUUGCCCAUAUUUUUUAUGGUUCUAGUAGAUCUUAUUUUUGUAGAAGCCUUAUCAUUUUGGUUUGGUCUUCUUGUUUCUCACUUACCUACGUUCUGAAAUCUAAACAACGCUAUAUUUGUUCUUAACUGCAAGAUAUAUCCCUAGAUUGAAGCAUUUGAGAGAAGUGGGAAGUCAGGUCUCUUUUUUGGAUAAGAAACAACAAUCAUUGAUAACCAACAAGUCAUAACAAGGGUCAAAUCAAAGGUGGACAAGAAGUCCAACGCAAUGACCUUUGAGUGAGACUAC